AUGGGUUUACCGCGCAAAAAAAUUGCCAAAGUAUCUCGUGUAAGUUUAUUGCUCAAACAAAAUGUUUUUUUUUUCAAAAAUGAAAAAGAAAAACUCCCUACCUUAUGAAGAAGCAAAAAGCUGAAAAUUGCGCGUCUUGGGUUAGCUGUGUUUGCAGAAAUUUGAAAAUUAGCAAUAAUUCAACAGUAUCAAAACGAGGUUGUCUGUCGGUCUCAGAAAUUUCUCUCUUAAUACUAGAAAAAUCUAAAUUUUCAUGAGAGUUUUCUUAAAUUUUCUCAUUAUAUUUCUUUUUAAUUUGAAAGUUUUGCCCUAGUGUAAACAUGCAAAUCCCAUUUGACAUUAUUUUAAUUAAGGGGUGCACUUUAAUUUAAAAAUGAUUUCGCCGCCUUCUUUAUUUGCACUUUUUUCAGCGUCGGGCAGAUGCCGCAAAAAGAGUAACAACAAAGUCGCAAACUCGUCGUUUCAUUAUUUUCUUGAGACAAGAAAAUAAAAUGAAAGCUGAAAAAGAAGAAGCGAUGAGACUGAAAAUAGAAGAAGAGAUGAGAGCAAGAGAGGUAUGUUACUUUUGGAAAGGUUUUUCGGUUUUGCUUACGGCAAAAAUAGUGGUAUCAUUGAUAACAUCUAGAAUUCACAACAACGCAUUUUGAGAAUUAAAAUUGAAAUUUACCAUACUGAUCAGAUGACAGUUAUUUCUAUUGCUUUAUCAAAUAAGUUUUCAAUUCUAAAAAUCAACGUUUACAGAGGGCUUUCACUCAAUUCCGCACACAACAUCAAGAAGAAUCAGAUACAGGCUCCGAAAUUGAUGAAAAUUCCGAAUUCGAUGAGAAUUCCGAGUUUGACGAUGAAACCGACUUUGAUGAAAAUUCUGAAUCUGAAGAAGAAUUUGACAGUGAAGAUGAAGGAGAUGAAGAAGUAUGCGGUCUUGCCGACAGACUCUUAUUGGCACAAGAAGAUUUAGAUUUGAUAUGUCUACUAAUACUAGAAGAGGAACUCGACUUUGAUGAUGCUGAAAAACUCCAAAAGAAAACAACAGUUUUAGAAAAAGAAAAAGAAGAAGAAGAAGGAUUUUUCAGUGAAGAUGAGCGUGAUGAACGUAAUAAACGUGAUAGGCAGGCAGCAAUAUCUCGUGCGUUUUCCAAACAACUUGAUGCAGAUGAAUAUGAGGAACUAGCAAGAGAAAGAGACGAUAUGGUGAAAACCAUGGAUGAAAUUCUUAAAGUCAUAGAUAAUAAAUACGCAGUGGCGUUGUAUCCCGAGUGGCUCGCAGAAGCUUUUCGAGCUUACCCAUAUAUCAAUAGAAGUAAUCAUUAUUAUGCCCGCUAUUUCCCAGCAACAUACAGUACAGAGAUGAUUGAACAAAUCACUGCUGCACCUUGGGUAGCACCAAAGAAUAUCCCAACAACAUUUGAGAAAAAAGUGUUGUUGGCGCAAAAAUAUGUUAUCCAACAACUUUUCAAAGAAAUCAAACCAGGAGCUAUUGGGCGUGUCAGAAGAUUUGAGAGAGAAGAAAACGAACGUCGUUGUUAA